AUGAAACUCGCAGUUGCUGUAUUGUCAUCAAUCCUUGCUGUCUGCUCGGUCACAGUUGCCAAUCCAGUUGAUCCCAGUGAAAGUAUAGAUGAUGAAGAUGGCAUUUCAACAUUCAUUCCCAGUGCAACUACAAGUACUGAAGAUAACACUUUUACCGUCAUUCCCACUGUAUUUAAAGGUGUCGAAUAUAAUUUUUGGAUAGAUGCUAAUCCAGACGGUAUAGGCUUGGGUGCUCUUGAUGAUCCAAUUCCAGAUCUUAAAGUUCUGGAAUAUCUAUCUCAAGACGAUGACAGCCUAAAAUAUUAUAUUGAAAUUCGGAAGACUAAGCUUGAUCAUGAAAAACAACUAUCCAAACUUGACAAAAUUCGAAAAAGUUUUUAUGAGUGCCAGUCCGAGAUUGGUCGUCUUACAGAAAAAAAAUGGGAGACCGAUCAACAUAUUGUGAGUCUCGUUUUCGGAACCCCUCUGGAUCUUGCAGAAGUUCCCCACCAAACUUUUCUUAUUAGAGGAACGCAUUCCGUUAAAGAUUACAUUGAACAACAAUUAUUAAAAUACAAGGAUCUUGAUCGAAACCCUAGUGAUCAAGAAUAUCAGAAUCCUAUUGAUCAAGAAUACCAGAAUCCUAGUGAUCAACAAUGUCAAGACUCGCAAUCGUCAUUGGAUACACUAUCUGGAUCUGGAUCCUUUGAACAGAAAGUGCCCUCCAAAAAACGGAAAGGUUUUUCCAAGCUUAUGAGUAGAUUGGGAUCAUUUUUUCAGCAAUCCAAACGUGACGAUCCAUCCAAUUGA